AUGCAUUCUCACCUCGGCCUCACUUUCGGCAACCGCAACACGCCUGUCCCCUACCCGCCGGUCCAAACACAGCAAACCGGACCUAACUUUGUAAACCCAAGUAGCUCAGUGCCGUUGGAUCAAACGCUUGCCCAACUUCAAGCCAAGAUCCGGGCGUUGGAAGCUCAAGUGGGUGCACAGUCCACUGCCCCGCCGGCCCCGCCGCCCGAAAACACCAUCAACCCGAUGAUUGCCAACCCGGCAUCCAUCCAGCAGGCGCGCAUGCUCGCCCUGUCUGCUCGGGACGAUGGCAAGAAGCCGGUGGUGCUGCCACCCAUCACCCCGGGCCACAAGAGGAGUGCCCUGUCGCUAC